UGUUAUUUCCAGCUCUAGUUUACGUUUUGCCGGCAAACAGAAAUAGGAAUUUGUGCCCAUAAAUUAACCAUGAAUCUGUUCGAGGAGCUGGACACCUUGGACCCCUCCUCCAAAACUGAACCGCCCCGCAUUGAAACACCCACGGCGCACAAGAUAACCGUGUUAAUACUGCUCAAACAAUAUGUGAUUAACAAGAAGUCCUGUUUGGAUACUGGGAUAUCUAUGCGCACCCAGCGUCGUCGGAUGUUCUAUAUGCUGGUUUUCAAGUUGGUCCAAGAGUCGGAUAAGAGCUACAAUGAGCUCCAUAGCUUGCUGACCACCGGCAGAUACAAACUGGACACCCUGAUGUUGGAAUCCUUCGAAAAAGCCAUGUCCGAAUUCUGUGCGGGCAGCAUUGAGUCCUUGUUCGAUUUCACAGAGAUCCAGAACAUAGAUGAGAUUCUAAACGAGAACUACGGCAUUAGCCAGUUUAGCAUGGUGGGCGUUUAUGUCCGGAGAGUGGGCGUGGUCCUGGAGCGUCUCAGUUUCCCGGAAAUGAUGGACAUGUACAAAAACAUCUGCUCCUAUUACGAAAGAGGAGUUCGUGCAGCAGCGUCUGGUUCCAGAAUGACCAUAGCUGGUGGUAUUCUCCACAGGGAAGAGACUCCACCUCCAAAUCCCAUAGCUGAAAAGCCUGCAGAUCCUGAAAUUAAAAAGAAGGAAGGGACUACUGCUCGUAUUGCCCAAGAACGCAACCCACUCAGCAAGUGGGCCCCAAAACAGGCCAAGUUCUUCAUCAAUAAACAGUCGGAACUGCUGGAAAUCAAUGAGAGAAAGGCUUUGCCGCCUUUGGAGCUGCAGAAGAAGGUCCAAGAAAUCAUAGACGACCUGCCACUCUCAACCACUCCCUAUUUCCUGGGCUACAUGAACCAGUUGAGAGUCAGGGAUUACUACAACGCACUCUCUGCUCUCCACAGAGCUUUGGACAGGAGUCCUGUGAGGCUGAUGAGCCAGGAAAAGGGUUAUCAAUACUUCUGCGUCAACCUAGCGGUGCUACAUGCCACUUUUGGUCACCGUGAUGAAGCUCUAGCGGCGCUCAGGGAGAGCAUCAUGCUGGCCCAGGAACACGGCGACAAAAGGAGUCUGAAUCUGGCCAAUACUUGGUACUGCCUGCUCAGGGAUGAGCUGCCCUUAUCCGCUGUCCAAAAGAGUGUGCAAGAGGCCAACGAAGUAGAUAGCUCUCUGCUGCAGAACUACACUUUGGCGCUCCACUUCGCCGUUAAACUAGGAACAGUGGCUGGCUAUCAGCCCUUGAAACUGUUCGAUCUUCUCCAGCACAGCGAUAAUCUCACAAAUCGCAACAACUUUGCCGACCACUCUUCAGAGGCUCUUGCCUUAAGGAGUGCAGUGUGGUCUGCUUAUGGAAGACACGAACUGGCUGCUCUGUACUCCCAAGUCCUUCUAGCAGCCAGAGAUCGUUUUAGCAACGGAACUUCGGGCUUGGGCAGCGCCCUAGCCAGCUAUGCCCUGUGGCUUCAAUUGCAGGGGGAGUUCCAACUAUCCAAAGUACUCCUCCAUCGUGCUAAAGAGCGUUUCCCACGCUUACCCAGCGCCGAGGGCUGGAUGAUCAGCCAAUGCCAUGUGGUCAUCCAAGCGGGCAUUUACCAGUGCCGCUGGCACGAUGCAUUGAAAGCCUGCGACCAGCUGUAUUUGCUAGAUCCCUCAGAUGCCAUACUUCAAAGAGCUUCUAUAUACGUCGCUAAGAGGGAGUUCUUCAAUGCCAGACGCCUCCUGGACAAGCUGGCUUCCCAGGGUAACCUGCCUUUUCUCCUGCGAAUGAGGGUUCAAGUGUUACUUGGCUAUUGUGGCAUGGCGGAUGGACGUUUUUCAAGUGAGACCACCAUGCUUCUACUCCGCGUGGCAGAGGAUAUGGCUGACUCACAGAUGGAUUACGAGUUGGCCUUGGUGGACCUGCUGUUAGCCCAGCAACUGCUGCUCCUCGGGAUGCCACAGAAGGCCUAUCAGGCCAUUAAGCGCUGCAUGCACGACAUCCACAUCAAUGGUGGCUUGUACGAACGAGCCAAAACCGAUUUCGUGUUCGUGCGCUGUCUGCUGGCCAUCAAUCAAAAUAGUGUGGAGGAGCGAAAGGCCCAGCUCCUCAAAUCUCUAGACAUCCUAGAGCGUGCCGCAAAAUCGUUUAAAAAGCUCUCUGCUCAUGCCAAAGUUUUGGAUGUGUAUGUGUUCUUGGCCCAGCGAUUCAACGAAUUCGGGGAAAGGAAUUUGCGAAACAAGUAUGCUGGAGAGUUCCGGCGUUAUUUUACGGACCAUCCGAUCCCAAGGGAAUAUCUGGGGAGUCCCUAGACUUGAAUUCCUUGGCUUUUAACUUUUACCGGAGACUUAAGGACUUAUUAACGGACACUUCAAGGCCGCACGUUACGCUUCAAUUAC